AUGGCUUCCUCCAGCAACCUCUGCGUCUGUGUGACUUGCGGCACACAGUUUGGCAUUCCAUACGAAGAACGGCCCCCGACCUGCCGCAUGUGCGAUGAACCACGCCAGUUCGUGCCGCCCUCCGGCCAGUCCUGGACAACGCUCGCCCGGAUGCAAUCCUCCUACCGGAACGAGAUCAAGCAGGACGACGUCGAUGGCCGCAUCUGGUCCAUCUUCUCCAGCCCACAGUUUGCCAUCGGCCAGCGCGCCAUCCUUGUCGAGACCGAGGCCGGCAACGUCCUGUGGGACUGCGUCAGCCUGCUGGACGCCGCCACGGUCGCCUUUGUUAGGGCCAGGGGCGGGCUGAAGGCAAUCGCCAUCUCGCACCCACACUUCUACAGCACCCACCUGGAGUGGGCGCGUGAGUUUGACUGCCCGGUGUACCUGGCCGAGGACGACCGGGAGUGGCUCAACCGCGAGGACGUCGACGACCGGCGUCGGUUUGUGAGUGGGCUGGUACUGGAGAUACUCCCUGGCGUGAACAUCAUUAAGCUGGGAGGACAUUUUCCGGGAAGCUCGGCCCUCCACUGGAACAAGAAUCUUUUCGUCGGUGACUCUAUCGGAAUUUCGCAGUCUGGCUUGGUCCGCUCUCACCACAACAAAAGACACCAGACUUUCUUCUUCCACUAUGCAUUCCCAAACUUCAUCCCCCUAGGGCCCACUGCGAUGCUUGAGAUGUGGAAGAGACUGGAAUCGUGGGAGUUUGAAAGCCUGUUUUCCCUGUUCUAUCGAACGACGGUUCGUGAUCCCGACGUUAAAUCCAUGGUGCUGGACAGCAUGCAGCGCCAAGCGCGUCACCAAGAAAACAACAGCCACCCGCUGUUGGAUGAGCGCUGGAGGAGCAAGAUCUGA